GAAAAACAAAUGACUCGUCCGCCAUUUUAUGUCAAACCGUUGUCAUUGUUGACAGUUGACAAAAUGCCGUUUUCAAAACAAACCGCUCCGCCGCGAUAUUUCAUCAAUUUUCGGCGAUGUUUUGUCCGCUAAUGUUCGGGGUUCUCGAAUCGUUGAUAAAUUGGACGUACGAGUGGUGCGGCAGUACCCAAGUAGUGAUCCCGACCGCCACCACCUGUUUAUUAUUAGUGAUUUCCGUUGUGUCGGUGCACUUAAUACUGUGGAAGGGUCGCGCGGUCGUUUCGGCGAUCUAUUAUCGAUUUACGGAGGAGCAUUUAUUGGACAAACUGUACAAGGCGGUGCAAGACGACGACGUGCCGAGGGCGGUCUCGAUAUUAGAGAGAAAUCCGAGUUUGACGAACACUUUUAAGGAACCGGAGGGGUACACGCCGUUUAUGGCCGCCUGCGCUAACGCCAACACCCAGUUGGUGCGGUUCAUGUUACGUAUGGGCGCGAACGUCGCUUUGAAGUCGAAAAAUAACGAAACUGCCUUUUAUUUAACCGCAUUUUACUAUGUACAAAAUAAGAAUUGUAAAAACGCCACCUGCAUUCGCGAAUUGUUCCACGCGGGUGCGAACAUCGACGAGCCGGGACGGAACGAUUUCACCCCGUUGCAAAUGGCGGCGAUUUUUGGCCACGUGCCUCUGAUCAAGUGGCUGCUGCUGAAAAAAGCGAAAAUGGACACGUGGCCCCACCCCCAUCUGCUGGCCAAGACCCAGGGGCACCAGGAGGCGGCCAAUCUACUCGCCACCACCGUACAUAUAAGGAGCAUCCGGUCGAAGUGAAUCGCAGCACUUUAAUAUUAAUAUUAUUUAUUUUGUUAGUUUUAAGAAUAAAUUUGUUAUUUGAAGGAA